GGAAAGAGAGAAGGGAGUCUGCGCACUAGCAAGAGAGUAGAUUCUGCCAUGUGAACGGUCCUCUGCUCCACGAAAAUACAGCAACCUGUUGAACAACCAAACGUGUAUCUGUUUAAUCGAUUAAAAAGACAAAAUGAGGGCAGUUCCUACGUGGAUAGACAAAGUACAUGAUCGCGACAAAGUUGAACAAUGGUAAGAUAUCCUGCCUUUGCAUUUACAGAUUUAUCAACAGGCCUGAUGAUGCACAGUUGGGAGUGUUGAUAGCAACGGCGGUUACUAUGUAAACUCCCGCAGUGUGGCUGGCUGGCUAGCUAGCUAGCCAACUGUAGCAAGCUAGCUUUGUUUUUCACUAGCCAUUUCAUGCAGUCUUCAAAUAAAUUAUCUGUCUACUAACGAGUGAUAACGUUGCUAGCUAGCUAGGUAAUCUGUUUACGGAGCUAAGUACACCUAGAACAUGAAUGCUAGCUAGCAGAGCAGCUAGCAAUGGCUUCAUAGUAUCAUUGAUUGAAACAGGUUUUCAGCAUAUUGUGAUUGCAGUACAUUCUCCCCCUAGUAUAUACGACCUUGCCUUCAAACCAGAUGGCAGCCAGCUUAUUGUGGCAGCUGGGAAUCGUGUUUUGGUGAGUUUUGUGAUGAUGAUGAUGCCAUUGGUUUUAGAAUAAUAGCGAAGUUGAGGAGAGUGGAAUUGGAUACAAUAAGUAUUUAAUCUUGUCUUUCUAGGUGUAUGACACAUCAGAUGGAACUCUAAUUCAGCCUCUGAAAGGACACAAGGACACAGUGUACUGUGUCGCCUACGCCAAAGAUGGUACUUAGUACAGUAGACUAUUAACACACCAAUCUGGAUAUUCCCAAUAAACAAACACGAGUCUGUUGGGUCUCACACUGUGCUUCUCUGUAGGGAAACGGUUUGCCUCAGGGUCUGCUGACAAAAGCAUCAUCAUCUGGACAUCUAAACUGGAGGGUAUUUUGAAAUAUACGUGAGUGGAUCAUGAUUAUUACCAUAGAAUUAGGAAUUAGAAUAAUUUAAUAGGAUCUCUGUGAUUUAUUACACACAUUACAACAUUAUUAGUAGCAUUAUGUUCUGCUGAGGACACUCCAUGCUCACUCUCUAUACAUGUUUUGUUUGUCUGUUGCUCCUCAGACAUAAUGACUCCAUCCAGUGUGUUGCCUACAACCCAGUCACCCACCAGCUGGCCUCCUGCUCCUCUGGGGACUUUGGUGAGUGGUACACUGGGUUUGUCCUGUCCUCCAUACCUCUACAGGGAAGGGGUUAAAGGGGUGUUGAACACAUCCAGUCAUAAGAGGAGCAUCUGUAUAAUUUGUUUCUCUCUCAAGGUCUGUGGUCCCCAGAACAGAAAUCUGUAUCCAAGCACAAAGUCAGCAGCAAGAUAACAUGUUGUGGGUGAGUAUUGAGAAAUUGCUGUUAUCUCCUUUUUGUUUGGAUAGCCUCUUUUAUGGUCAGUAUUGCCAAAAUCCUUUUGACCGCAGGUGGACCAACGACGGUCAGUACCUGGCCCUGGGCAUGAUGAAUGGGGUGGUGAGCAUCAGGAAUAAGAACGGAGAGGAGAAGGUGAAGAUAGAGCGACCAGGAGGAUCCUCCUCUCCUAUCUGGUCCAUCGCAUGGAACCCCUCCAAGUGAGUCACUCUCCUCUCAUGUGGGGUUUUUGCUGUGUAAAACAUUUUAAAACCUGUGUGUGCUGUGUCUUUGAGCGUAAAGGUUUACUGUUUUUGAAAUCAACAAUAAUAACUUUUUUUCUGAGUGAUAUUUCUUUGUAUUGAGUCUUUUUAAGCUGCCAGUUCACAAUAUGAAACAAGCAUGGUAGUGAAAAUCAGAGUAUGACAGUGUAUGGCCUGUAGACAGCCAGCAAGUGUCAGUGUUUGACCAGGCAGGCUCUGACAGGGACUGGUGGAAGUGGAUGCCCUUCUGUGAGGGAGAGGACGACGAGGCGGUGGAUGUGGACAGCAGCAUGCCAGAGCCCCUGUGCCUGCUCAUUGAUGCCGCCUACAGCCAGAGCUGCAGUAGCAGGGUAGAGGUCCUGGGGCUGGGCAGGCAGCUGGAGAGAGAGAGGCAGGCAGGAAGAGGAGCAGAGACAGAAAGGUCUGGAGGAGAGGAGGGAGAGCCCCUGCUGCAGGGAGCGUUCUCUGACCCAGACCACUUCAGCCAGCUCAGGUAGGGAAGGUAGAAAGGGAGGACAGGGAAAUGAAGGAAGGUAACAUCAAAACUCAGGGAAAUACUUUGGUUAGGCCUAGAUUGAUAUGGUUGGAGGCAACACAAUGAUACAGGACACUUACUCUUACCAUACCAGUGAGAUGUAGGGUUUAAUAUACAUUUUGGGUGAAUAAGAUUUGAAAUCUUUCUAAAUCCUGUUUAAUUGUCAGUAUGUUGAAGUGGAACAUAUAAACUCAUGUUGGAGUGUCUCUCUUAGGGAUGAGCACAGUGACAUCCUGGCUGUGGCAGACUGGGGGCAGAAGCUGUCCUUCUAUCAGCUCAGUGGAAAACAGGUGUGUGUCUGCAAAAAGCAUGUCCAUGAACCAUCUCCCCAACAUUUACUUCAAUUUAAUAAAUGUUUUUGCCUUCUUCCGGCCCAUCUGGAUAAUGGGAACAUGUUAGAUAAACAUUUUGGGUUUGUUUCCACAGCAAAUGAAUAAAUAGGCUACAUGUCUAAAAUAAAAUAAAACAUAACAUAAAAUAUAAAAAAAAUGCAAUGGUGAAAGAUAUUGAAAAGAGCAACUUUGCUUAAUAGAAACUACUGUGUAGCACAUCGGUGUGUAGCACAGCAACAAAUUCCAUGGUCGUUACAUACAGAUCAAGUAAGUAGCCUUUCAUGAGUCUUGACUUGUCCGAGCCGAAACAGCUCAUGGGAGCAGGAGCAUGAGGCAAGUACACCCCCUAGACAGGACGUUAGUAUAUCGCAACCCCCAAUCUAUCUUCUGCUGAGUGCCAAGCAGAGAUGGAUUAGGUCCCAUUUGUACAGUCUUUUGGAUGACUUGGCCCGGGGAUCGAACUCCCAAACUUCCAAUCUCAGGACGGACACUCUAACCACUGAAUUGGAUACAGAUCAAGAGGUCUAGGUUAUGACCACAAUGGUUUAGGUUGUGCUCCCAGGUGGGCACCGGUGAUUGGUCAACGAAACCCCAAUGGCCUCAGUGUUAUCACUCAUCCACGUCGCUGUUGCAAUGAGUGAUGAUAACACAUAAACCACUUAAGGAGGCCACCGUCUGAGACCUUUAAGCCCUGUAUUUUCUGUUGCAAUCAGCCUGUCAGGGACUAUUGAAACUGUAACACUGCACUGGAAAUGAUUCUGUUCAGCGUUUAAUAAUGAUCCCCUCACUACUCCUCCUCCUCCCCCAUAUCCCCCUGGGUAAUAUCGUAAUUACAGACAAAUAUGCACUGUUUCAUGGAACCUUAGUCUCCUGUGUUGUCACUGGGCUGUUUAUCAGUUUAAGUGAACAUGCUGUUUUUAUUACCGUGCUAGAAGUCGUUUGUAUUUAAAAAAGGGAGGUUGUCCAAAAUGGUUUUAUUUCAGGGUAAAAGAAUAGACUGUCAGACGGUUCUUUUUCAGGGUGAGGAGAAACAGAUGCACAGAGUCGGGGAACUGAUAUGACGUUGCGCAAAUGCACUUCAAGUGCCAGCACAAUGGAGCCUAUUUAGAAGCUAGAAAGUGUGUAUGUGUUUUUCAAUCUCUUUGGUCAGGCGCUUAAGGGGAUGGCUAAGGACUGACUGGAGGCUUUGCUGUGUCUACGAGGUCUGGGUCUGGAGAAAGCCUUGGCCCAGACUCUGUGGUCCAUAAAUAUGAGAGAAACUUCCCUGUUGUUUUAAUGGCUGACACCACAUCUCAAAUGAUACCAUAUUCCCGAUAUAAUGCACUACUGUGUGGCUCUGGUAAAAAAAAUGGUGCAUGCCCCAAGUCAGGGGAAAUCCUUGGCCUAGACGUUCAUAGCCCAGUUAAAGGUCAAUAAAUAUGAAGUAGACUUUGUUAUUUCAAUAUCUGUUCCUCUGUCUCUCUCAGAUUGGGAAGGACAGAACUCUGACCUAUGACCCCUGCUGCGUCUGCUACUUCUCCAAGGGGGAGUACAUUGUGAUGGGCGGAUCAGACAAGCAGGCCUCCCUCUACACCAAAGAUGGGGUGCGGCUCGGCACCAUCGGGGAGCAGAGCUCCUGGGUGUGGACCUGUAGAGUCAAACCUGACUCCAACUAUGUGGUGGGUUUCUUUUAGUGACGUGUAUGUGUACAUUUGAGUAAAUGUGUGAGAGUGUAUGAGAGAGAGUGUACGUGCGUGUGUCUGAAGUGAACUGUAUUGGAACACUGUAAUUUAAAAUAGUGCUGACAUGAUGCUGAGACAUGUUGUGAAGAACGCAGAGCUGAAAUUAUAAGAUGCGACUGACAUAACGCUACAGAUGUCAGAUCAAGUGUUGAUGCAACAUUAUAUCACUUUGGGAUACAUUCACAGAUCAGUUAUUUUUAACUUGUGGAAAAAGCAUCUGUGAUCACCCAUAGAGAACAUGGAAGUAAUAUCACUAUAGCUUUCUUUUCAAUUAUAUUAAUACUAACGACUCAUAUGGGAGAGCAUAAUGUGCUACCUUGCUGACAUCUCCACAUUGUCUCAGACAGGGCUCUAACAACAAGAAGGAACACCCUGUCUCUCUGUCUUUUCAUGGAAGUGUUAAUGGGAACCACUGCUACAUUGUUCUCUCAUUUCCUCUCCUCUGUUUAGGUGUUGGGCUGCCAGGAUGGGACCAUAGCCUUCUUCCAGCUCAUCUUCAGCACGGUGCACGGCCUGUACAAGGACCGCUACGCCUACAGAGACAGCAUGACCGAUGUCAUCGUCCAGCACCUCAUCACUGAACAGAAAGGUGGAUUGAUUUAGACCAGGGCUCUCCAACCCUGUUCCUGGAGAGCUACCCUCCUGUAGUUUAUCGCUUCAACCCCAGUUGUAACUAACCUUAUUGUGCUUAUCAACCAGCUAAUUAUUAGUGUUAGCGGAUCUGAUGGAACUGGAUGGGUGUAAGCAAUACGGUGGUCCAUUGGAAGGCUAUGUAGAGUCAGCCCCAAUUAUGCUUCCACCAUCUGGUCUAUUCAGGAAGGAGCUAUAGGGGACUGGGUUUAUAUGCCCUGUUCUAACUAUGCCUCCUACUUUUGUGCUUUCUCCAUGCCAGUGAGGAUCAAGUGCAGAGAGCUUGUGAAGAAGAUCGCUAUCUACAGGAACCGCCUGGCCAUCCAGCUGCCUGAGAAGAUCCUCAUCUACGAGCUGUACUCUGACGACUCCUCGGACAUGCACUACCGCAUCAAGGAGAAGAUCUGCAGAAGGUUUGAGUGCAACCUGCUCGUGGUCUGCUCCCAGCACAUCAUCCUGUGUCAGGUGAGAUUUAUACCCAAUCCCAAAAUCAUACCCUAUCCCCUACUUCCCCCAGACACACAUCUACACCAUAGUGGUAGUUGUGUCAUAGUAUUUGCUCACAUAAAUGUUUGUAUUUAGACUAAAUACUUUGAUUAAUAAAUGUUGUCCAGGGAUUUGCUUUUGGCUUGAGGCUUUUCUCGAACACUCAGUAACAAACAUCUCCCUAAAGUGCCAUAUCAACACAAACUAUUUGGCCUGACUCAAUAACACUGACCUGCAGAGACAUCGUCUCAUGUAAAUUACACUAAUGCAUCGGUGACAGAUUGCGAAAGAUCCUGCAGAGAGACAUUAGCAUGCUGUUAUCAUGAUGGAAACCCAGUGAAUUAGCAGUUAGUGCUGCGUCGCUACUCCAAAACACCCCAGAGAGAGAGGCCAGAGAUGGACGGUUAGAGCCAGUGGUCGUCCAGAUGUUUCUUCCUGUCCUCAUUAUAGGCCCCAGCUGUAUCUGUGCUCCUUUAGGGCAGGGGUGGCAACAGGUGGCCCGCUGGCAAAAACCAGCCCGCAAGUGUUUUUUUAUUGGGACCCCCACAUUUUUGGUUUAAAAAAAAAGUCUAAUAUAUAUUUUUUCUUUUGGGUGGGAUUUUAUUUUUGCUGUUAAAAAAUACUGUAAAAUCACCAUGAAUUCAGCUAAAAAUGUGUUACGUUUAGGAAAUCUGUUCCCAAGUAAAUAGACAUUAUGUGAUCGUGUCUCAAUGUAAUCGAGGUAUGAAAUGAUUGUUACUUUCCAAUACAACCUCUGUUUGGGCUUAGUUGUGUUCAAUUUGCAGUGUACAAAUUAUGAUAAUUAUUUUCCGACCAUCCGCUCUGACAAAAAUCGUCCCACGGCUGAAUCUAGUUGCCUACGCCUGCUUUAGGGGCUCUGUCACUUAGUCUCUUUUCCUCAGCCGUCAGACAGCCUGAGUGAGAGGUUACCACCACAGCACUGUGGAACCUGGCUGGAUGUCUCUGGUGGUUUCCUCUCUGGUUUGUGUCUCUGUGGUUUGACAGAGAGGAGGAGGAGGGGAGGGGUCCAGAGUUAACUCUGUGUAUUAUUUCCCCCUAAAUCUGUGUGUGUGUGACAGAAGUGCUUUAGAUCUGUCUCUAAUAGCCCUGCUACAGCUUCACCAACUGAGGCUGAUGGUUUCUCUGUCAUGACUGUCUAACCUCUGACCGGGCUGUGGUUGUCUGUGUCAAAUCAAAUCAGACUUUAUCUUCACAGAGCAUGAAAAAUAUGGAUAGUAUGAUUAGAAGGAUAUAUUAAGAGCAAGUCUAAACUAUUAAAAGUAGACAAAAUGGUAGUGAUGAAUGAAUUACAGUAGUGGCCAGACCAUGCAUAAAAUAUACUAAAUAGAUAUGUCUGUGUUUGAUGUUCCGGUGUUUUAACAUGGUGGUAUUCUCACUUUGCCUGGCUACCCAAACUCCUUGCUCUGGCCAAACGCUACGCCACGCCCAUGGACGUUAGUUUCUUUUCCGCAAUGAGUCUGGAUCUGAGUACCUCCCCAAUGAUUUCUAGAACGCAAACACAUUCUAGCCAUUCUGAUUGGUCCCAGAAACCGAUGGGUUGGGCCAGAGCUAGAACACACAUGGGAAAAGCAGGGUUUUGAAAAUUCGUAACUGGCUUUGAUACUCUGAUUGGUUAGAAAUGAUCCAAUUGCUGAUGACUUUGUUUUGUACAACACCCCUCAUUUUGACAUCACCACAAAUGACUUCAAUGAUGGCAGUCUCAGACUGAAGUACAGUAUGUAGCGAACAUAGAGCAGCAGAAGAAUUCAGUUUGUCGUCAGGGAAAUUCUCACUGUCUCCUCCCUGACCCGCCCCUGUAGGAGAAGAGGCUGCAGUGUCUGUCCUUCACCAGUAUCAAGGAGAAGGAGUGGCUUAUGGAGUCUCUGAUUCGCUACAUCAAAGUGAUUGGUGGCUCACCGGGCAGAGAGGGUCUACUGGUGGGGCUGAAGAAUGGAGCUGUGAGUGUGACAGACAGACAUACAGUACACACAAGCUCUUAGCUAACUUACCUGUAUUUAUCCAGGUUAGUCUUAUUGAGGUGCUAUUUCCUGUGCCUCAAUUCAAUGAAACCCUGGGGCUCAACUGGUAUUCAUUUUCUCUUCAGAUCCUGAAGAUCUUUGUUGACAACCCAUUUGCCAUCACUCUGCUGAAGCAGUCUACGUCUGUGCGUUGUUUGGACAUGAGUACAUCCCGCAGCAAGCUGGCCGUGGUGGACGAACACAACACCUGCCUGGUUUAUGACAUCCACACCAAGGAGCUGCUCUUCCAGGUCAGAGGUUAGGGGUUAAGAGUUAUUAAGGCCAAGGUCGAGGUGGCUUCAUUUUCAAGUUAGUGUUCAAAGGUUAUGUUUGUGGGGGUAAAGUGUAACACCCAGCUCCCUUGUUGUCCCACUCCUUCUUUCCUUCACCUCUGUUUCCCCUGACCUCCCUCUCUGUGAUCUUCCUACCCUACUUCCCAGGAGCCCAAUGCUAACAGCGUAGCCUGGAACACCCAGUGUGAGGACAUGCUGUGUUUCUCAGGCAGCGGCUACCUCAACAUCAAGGCCAGUAACUUCCCAGUGCAUCAGCAGAAGCUGCAGGGCUUCGUGGUGGGUUACAACGGCUCCAAGAUCUUCUGCCUGCACGUGUACUCCAUGUCCGCCGUAGAGGUGCCUCAGGUGGGCAGGAAGAAUAAUACUUGAAGAACUGAGCUUUAUUAUCCGUUGUUUAGUUUCUGUGUUUCUAAUUGCAUGUUGAAUUGACUGGUUUACCCUUCCUUUCCCUUCACCCUAGUCGGCUCCGAUGUACCAGUAUCUGGAGAGGAGGAUGUUCAAGGAGGCCUAUCAGAUUGCCUGCCUGGGUGUGACUGACAGUGACUGGAGGGAUCUGGCCACGGAAGCCCUAGAGGGGCUCGACUUUGACACCGCUAAGAAGGUCAGACACACACACACACACACACAUACACUUUUUCAACCAGGAACCACUGCAAUGCUAGUGUCCAUCACUAGAUGGUGCAGCCUGACGCUAAUGGUGUGUUGAAUCUCUCUCAUCCUCGUUUGACCAGUGUGAUAGAACAGCUGAAGGAUGUGGUGUGAGCGGAUUCUAUGGAUACUGUAAGAGUUCCACUCAUUCUGUUUACCCGUGUGUCUCUUCCUCUCUCAGGCCUUCAUCAGAGUACGAGACCUGCGCUACCUGGAACUCAUCAACAGCAUUGAGGUACAAAACGGCACAGACACACUUCCCUCAAAUUAAUAAUGAAUGAUGGAUUAGUCUGAAUUGUAUAAAUCCAAGAUCAGAGUUUGUGACUUUAGAAAACAGAACAGACCACAUAGCUUUAAUCAGGAUGGAUUUACUGGCUUACCAGUCCAUGUCCAUGACAUCAUCAAAGCAGUAAGCGGUGCGUGGGUAAAAAGCCAAGCCAGAAAAAAAUGCCAUAUUACAACAUAUGUGUUGUGAUUAUUGCGUUGUUUGCGCUAUAACCUGUUAGUUCAUAUGCCUUGAUAUACUGUAUGCCUAAGGCCGAGACAAUAAGAAGACACAGUGGCAGAAUAAAUUCAACCUCACCUUUAUUUCAUCACAAAAUCGGAGAGUAACCUCUGUCCGGUGAAGUCCACAAAGCAUAUUGCAUGUAACAAACAGUUACAUGACCUACAGCACGGUCAAGCAAGUUAGUGUUUCCGAUAUUUUUGAACUACUAAACAACUAUUGAUUUAGAACCACGGAGAGUUACUGCAAGUCUCAAAGAAAACAGGAACUGCCUCCACUAUUCCAGCACCAUUUCAACUUCAACCUCAUCAAAUCACCUAUGCUUAUUCUAAUACAGUGACAACUAAAAGUUGUGGUCCUCUGUAGCUCAGCUGGUAGAGCACAGCGCUUGUAACGCAAAGGUAGUGGGUUCGAUCCCCGGGACCACCCAUACACAAAACUGUAUGCACGCAUGACUGUAAGUCGCUUUGGAUAAAAGCGUCUGCUAAAUGGCAUAUUAUUAUUAUUAUUAUUAUAAAAGAUACUAAAAACAAUUUAGUCCAAUCAACUUAAGCUAAGUAUGAUGUGGCUGUCCAUGGUUCUGAUUUGUGUGUGUGUCCGUUCGUGCAAGUUGAAAAAACAUGUUGACUCACCCUACUUGUAGAGAAACGCCAAUGAAUGCCAUCCUCCUCUCUUUUAUGUUGACGAAACGGUUUAUGACUGUCAUACAGUACACGCUUUUAUUACAUUUUUUAUUUACCUGGCUAAAAUACUUGUUAGCUAGCCUAACUUCCUUUCCUUUCAUUAGCUAGUUAACAUUAGCCUUCUACAUCUAGUUACAUAUUAAACUUCCAUCCUCUCAGUCAAGGGGCACAAUGUAUUAUUGGCCAGUAUUGGCCAGUAUGGAGAAUUAAGUAAAACCACAUGUCCAAAUCCCUGUCUCCAUCCAUGGCUAAUUUAGGAAAGGGCCAAUUGUAGCUAGCUAGCUAGUCACCGGAGGACAACAACACAACGAGAUGCAACAAUUCGAGUUGUUUCUAUCGAUUAUGUAUUUCUCUGUGAUAGGAAUGAAGCCAAAUCCAAACUGGCUUCUCUUGACACUUUUUUUUGGUGCGCCAGGACCAUUCAGUUGAGCUCACUCAGUUUAGCUAUUAUUUUAUACUUUUAUAUUAAGGGAGGCCAAAUGGUCACUGGCUUCCCUUGCAUUCAUUUACAUUUUAGUCAUUUAGCAGACACUCUUAUCCAGAGCGACUUACAGUUAGUGAAUACAUAUAUAUAUAUAUUUUUUAUACUGGCCCCCCGUGGGAAUUGAACCCACAACCCUGGCGUUGCAAACGCCAUGCUCUAUCAACUGAGCUACAUCCCUGCCGGCCAUUCCCUCCCCUACCCUGGUCGACGCUGGGCCAAUUGUGCGCCGCCCAUGAGUCUCCCGGUCGCGACAGAGCCUGGAUUCGAACCAGGAUCUCUAGUGGCACAGUUAGCACUGCGAUGCAGUGCCUUAGACCACUGCGCCACUCAGUGGUCUAAGGUCAAUGCUACGGUCGGCAACAAUGUCAUACUCUUUAUGACCAGACCGCAUCAGAUAGAUGGCCUACACAUACAGAGACAGAGGGGCGCUGUUUCGCUCGCUCGGAUGCUUUCUCUGGUGAGAUACAGUACAUUCAGACUCUUGCGAAUUGAAGGAAAAUUAAUUGUUUUCCUUUUUUUCUUAAUACAUUUUUUGGGGAAGCCUGGCUUCCCUUGGCAUUUAUGAAUACACUCCACUGCAUCAAAGCGAGACAGAGGGGAACUGUUGGGAUAUUACCCGUUGCCCUCAUUAAAGGCCCAGUGCAGUCUAAAAUGUGAUUUUCCUGUGUUUUAUAUAUUUCCACACUGAGGUUGGAAUAAUACUGUGAAAUUGUGAAAAUUAUGAUAAUGCCCUUUUAGUAUAAGCUCUGUUUGAAAAGACCGCCUGAAAUUUCAGCCUGUUUUGGUGGGAUGGCAUUUUGGCCUGCCUGGUGAUGUCACCAAGCGGUAAAUUAGUUAAUGGAGCAAUAAGAAAGAGAGUUCCAAACCUCUCUGCCAAUAACAGCUAGUUUUCAGUUUUCCCCUCCCCACUCAGACCACUCGCAGACAGUCUUAGCAAAAUUCUUGCUUGAGAAAUUGCUCUUUGCUAAGAAGCUUAAAUUAUUUAAAAAAAAAUCAUUUUCAUUGAAAACAAUCACAGUAAGGUUCGUAAUUGUCACCAAGCAAUGAGUUAAUAUUAAGUUAAAAACGGCUGCAUUAUAUCUUUUAAACAUUUAAUUACUGGCCCAGCAUCUGACUGAUUUAAGCGCCUUUGAACGGGGUAUGAUAGUAGGUGCCAGGUGCACCGGUUUGUGUCAAGAACUGCAACACUGCUGGGUGUUUCACGCUCAACAGUUUCCCAUGUGUAUCAAGAAUGGUCCACCACCCAAAGGACAUCCAGCCAACUUGACACAACUGUGGUAAGCAUUGGAGUCAACAUGGGCCAGCAACUCAAUAUUAGGAAGGUGUUCUUAAUGUUUUGUACACUCAGUGUACAUGAGACUAUGGACUGAUAGUGCAGUGUCAGACUAGGGUGAAACUGACUCCACUUUGUUAGCUCAUCUCUUUCUCUGUAUGUGUGUCCAUGCUGAUGGAUUUGCAGGAGAGGAAGAAGAGAGGUGAGAGCGACAGUGAGCUGUUCCUAGCGGAUGUCUAUGCCUACCAGGGGAAAUUCCACGAGGCUGCCAGGCUCUACAAGAGGACUGGCUUGGACUCCAGAGCUCUCAGCAUGUAUACUGACUUGCGCAUGUUUGAGUACGCUAAGGUGAGUACGAGUACUGAUGGACUCACGCACUCUCAUAACCUCAAGUAUGCCUGAAGGCUAAAGGUGAGUGUUAAUAGACAUUCACAGACUUUCGAUUAAUGGUUGAAUGUGCCUAUACUGUACACCCACACACUCAUGCACAUUGCACACAGGCUCUACAUACAGUAUGUUCAAACACGUGAGACCUGUGCACACACACACACACACACACGUUCAAACUACUGGAGCAUGUAGAGCUGAUCCCAACAUGUGUUUUCCCUCACCAUGUGUACUUAUGCCAAAUAUAGAACCUGUACAUUCAGACAGACCUCCUCCACAGCCCAUCUUUCAUGUUCCCAUACAUUACUAGAAUCUCCCUAUAUAUCAUCCAAUCAAUACAUAUUCACACACCAUUUUUAUUUAAAUAAAUGAAUAUUUUUAGGAUUAUUAAUUUUUUGCCAUAGAGAAAAAUGUGCAGUUUUAUUGCUAAUAUCAUGCUAUUUUACAUAUUUUGCCAUGAGGCUCCGAAAAAAAUUGCUAUUUUAGAAGUAAUUUCCUGCUGAUCUACACGUGUUUAGUGUGUUUGUGUGGAGUGGUCACAGUACUGAAGCAGAUGACACAGGCCUGACUCCUUUCCCCUCCCCUGUAUGUGUGUGUUUGUGUGUGUAUGUGUGUGUCCUGACUGCUGUGUGGAUGUGUGUGUGUGUGUUUUGUGGCUGCUGUAUAUUUGUGUGGCCAUCUGGUCCUCAAGGCCGUUUGUUUUAGCGCUGGAGGACACCGGAGGGGGAACCCUGGUCCUGUUUAUGUGACUCCAUGUCCCGCCUCUCCAGGCCCUGACCCAGAUGGGCCUGUCUGUCUCGCACUCCCUCUAUCUCACCCACCCUCCCUCUCUUCCUGUCCCUCUGUAGGAGUUUGUGGGCGCGGCAGACCCUAAGAACACUCGCAUGCUGAUGUCCAAGCAGGCCGACUGGGCUAAGAACAGCAAGGAGCCGCGGGCCGCUGCUCAGAUGUACUUGACUGCAGGAGAACACCUCAAGGCCAUCGACAUCAUAGGAGAACACGGCUGGGUCGACAUGUGGGUAACACACACAUACACACACAUACACACAUACACACACAGCUCUUGGUUCUCCUCUCUUCUUCCCUCCUGUGAGUCAUGGUGUGGGUGGGUGUGGUUGGGACGCAGGCAGAUACAUAAGGCUGGGUUCUGUGGUCCUAUCAGAGCUCCCCACGGGCCUCCUUUCUGACCCAGUGUCUGCUGCUUGUCAAUCACACCUCCACUCUGGCCCAGACCACCUAGGCUAAGGCAGGCCCAGCAUAACAAACACAGGGAAAGACUGGUUGGCCCCGUUAAGCUUUAUCAGGCUUGACAGCUUCCCAUACUACACACAAGAACACACACACACACACACAACCUCACACUCCAUCUGAUCUCAUCUCUCCUCAACUCCCCCAACAGGCUGAUUGACAUAGCCCGUAAGCUGGAUAAGGCGGAGCGCGAGCCCCUGGCUAAGUGUGCGGCCUACUUCCAGAAGCUGAAGCACCAUGGCUACGCCUCUGAGAUCUACUCCAAGAUGGGAGACCUGCAGGCCCUGGUGCAUCUGCACGUGGAGGCACGACACUGGGACGAGGUCAGUCAGAACCAUUCACAUUUCACUUAUGGUCCUUACACCUGUUGGACACAGUUACAGUUUUGUAUCUUACUUGGCUCAUCAGAAAGUAUACCUCAUACACUACAUGGCCAAAAGUAUGUGGACAUACCUUCAAAUUAGUGGAUUUGGCUAUUUCAGCCACACCCAUUGCUGACAGAACUAGUCAGUUCGUCAAAUGUCUGCCCUGCUAGAGCUGCCCCGGUCAACUGUAAGUGCUGUUAUUGUGAAGUGGAAAUGUCUAGGAGCAACAAUGGCUCAGCCGUGAAGUGGUAGGCCACACAAGCUCACAGAACGGGACCGCUGAAGUGCGUAGCGCGUAAAAAUCGUCUGUCCUCAGUUACAACACUCACUACCAAGUUCCAAACUGCCUCUGGAAGCAACGUCUGCACAAGAACUGUUCGUCGGGAGCUUCAUGAAAUGGGUUUCCUUGGCCGAGCAGCCGCACACAAGCCUAAGAUCACCAUGCGCAACGCCAAGCAUCGGCUGGAGUGGUGUAAAGCUCGCCACCAUUGGACUCUGGAGCAGUGGAAAUGCGUUCUCUGGAGUGAUGAAUCACGCUUCACCAUCUGGCAGUCCGAUGGACUAAUCUGGGUUUGGCGGAUGCCAGGAGAACGCUACCUGCCCGAAUGCAUAGUGCCAACUGUAAAGUUAGGUGGAGGAAUAAUGGUCUGGGGCUGUUUUUCAUGGUUCGGGCUAGGCUUAGUUCCAGUUAAGGGAAAUCUUAACACUACAACAUACAAUGACAUUCUAGAUGAUUCUGUGCUUCCAACUUUAUAAUAGUAAUAAUAAUAUGCCAUUUAGCAGACGCUUUUAUCCAAAGCGACUUACAGUCAUGUGUGCAUACAUUUUUACGUAUGGGUGGUCCCGGGAAUCGAACCCACUACCCUGGCGUUACAAGCGCCAUGCUCUACCAAUUGAGCUACAGAGGCAACAGUGGCAACAGUUUGGGGAAGGCCCUUUCCUGUUUCACCAUGACAAUGCCCCUGUGCACAAAGUGAGGUCCAUACAGAAAUGGUUUGUCAAAUUCAGUGUGGAAGACCUUGACUGGCCUGCACAGAGCCCUGACCUCAACCCCAUCGAACACCUUUGGGAUGAAUUGGAACACAGACUGCGGGCCAGGCCUAAUCGCCCAACAUCAGUACCAGACCUCACUAAUGCUCUUGUGGCUGAAUGGCAGCAAGACCCCGCAGCAAUGUUCCAACAUCUAGUGGAAAGCCUUCCCAGAAGAGUGGAGGCUGUUAUAGCAGCAAAGGGGGGACCAACUCCAUAUUAAUACAUAUUUACUGGAACAAUACAAACUGAAACCAUGUUCUAUAAAACCAGAGCAAAGCUGCCGGCCAAACUAGAGAUUCCCUCUGAAUCUCUGCCUAGUAUGAGUAGAAUAUGAGAAGCACCCAGCGGUCCAAAGCACUAAAGAGCCUUAGCUAAGAACUAUUUUCUGUUUCCACUCAACCGCCCCAUCAGAUUAGCUCAUACUACAGACCAAGCUAGCACAUUUGGUUCUUUGGAAGUUGUGGGAACGUACGUUUUUGGUUUCCUAUUGGUUCUGGGAACAAAGCCAUACGUAUUUUAAACGUUCUGAGAAUGGAAGUGAAAAUGUAGCCUGUUCUGGGAAUGCACAUUUCUAGGUUGCAGGGAGGUUCUGGGAAUGUUUUACUAUGGUUCCCUAAAAGUUUUCCUGGCAGGUUUUUAUUAACUUUCUGAAAACUGAAAUUAUAGGUUGUUUGAAUGUAAUUAAAUAAUGUUCUGAGAAUAUGUUUCAAUAAGACUUUAAAUAACACAGCUAUCUUAGUUUGGGUUAAGAUAGGACACAUGGAAAUUCAUUUGGUUAGGCAUUAGUCAUGCAAAAACAUUGUUAUUUUGGCACGGUGUCCGUGAGAUUUGAUCCUGUGAUCUUCUGUUCUUUAUUGAUAGAAUUAGUCCAGUGCGCCACCAGGAUGGAGCUAGCAUGCCAAGGUUUUUUAACUCAUACAAAGCUGUUAUUUUUUGUCUAUUCAAACAGACCCCAUUUCAAAUGAAACAAGCGCUCAUUAAGUUUAGGUGUGGCCAAUUAGUGGGUGUGUCCAACACUCCUGAACACACUUAACAAGAUAGAGGAUAGAGAGAGUUUUGGUGACGCUGAGAAUGGAAUGUAUAUGUUUUUAAAUAACAUUCUUAGAACGUUCUUUGAACGUUACUAAUGUUUUCUUGUGUUUUUUAUGGAACGUUUUCUUAAUGUUCUGAGAACAUGACAUUAAAUGGAACCAUGAGGAAACCUGUAGGAAACGUUAUGCUGAAGUACUGAAAUUCCCACAGACGAACGUAUCUUAAUGUUCUCUGAAUGUUCAACGUGACUUUAAAUCGAACCAUGAGGAAACCUGCAGAAAACAUUAUGCUGAAGUACUGAAAUUCCCACAGAAAACGUUGUUUUUUUAACGUUCUUGGAACAAUUUGAGAACAUUACUUUAAAUAGAGCCAUGAGGAAACCUGUAGGAGACAUUAUGCUGGUUAUACUGCACCAUUCCCAGAAUGUUGUGGGAAGGUUGUGUGCAAAAUGACCAUAGGACAACCACGCUCUCACCAAGCUCUAAGAAACAUAUGGUUCUCAGAAUGUUAUGCGCUAGCUGGGGAGACGUGAAGAAAAUACUACAUUUCCCAAGUCCAUGUCUAUUGUUUAAUCGAGUUAUGGGUGGAACUGAGAGCAAACUGGUGAUUUCCACUGUGAAACAGAGAGAAUGCCAAAAAACUAGAACAUUAAAUCACAUUCAUAUUGUAUGAAUCUUGCACAGUGUCUGAGGAGCUUUCUCACCCAUUCAUUUGAUCCAGAGAGAGAGAAAGAAUGAGAAAAAGAGAGAAAGCACGCUUAGCCGCAAUGUUUUAUAUCCUUCUCUGGGGGAGGUGGACAUUGAGAGAGGACAGAACACAGCUUACAGUACAUUAUGUGUAGGCCAUAUGAAUGCUAUUCACUGCACUCCCUCUUGUCCUGGGCCUGGCCUGGGUUUAGCCUGCUUAGACUCAGAGGUUGAGAGGACAGGGCAGAAGAGGGGUUUUACCAUAAUGUGACGCACACACACACACACACACACACACACACACACACACACACACACACACACACACAUAGUAAGAGGAGUGUGUGUAAUUAACAAAAGUCUUGCUAUUGGACAUUUAGGUUAAUCAAUCAACAUGACAGGCAGGUAUGCCUCCAUAGGCUACUAUCAUACUAUUCUACUACAGCAUGUCACUCAAACAACCACAGCUGCACACUAAUUGACCAUGACAUGAAAUCAGUCUAAUAUGCUAACCUUAAUAUAUCACAUUAGUAAUGAGCUGUAUUCAUGUUUUGGCUAGAUGAAGUAAUGUGUGUCUAUGUUUUAAAGCCUGUGUUAAUAAUCACUUACAAUUUGUAAGGAUCCUGGGCAUAUUGCCUCAUAAAGACACACGAUACAGCAAACCUAAUGAAUAUUGUAAGUGAUUUAAUCUGGUUAUAUGUAAGGCAUCUGAUCGAGCCCUUCUUCCCUGUCUCCCCCAGGCCUUCUCUCUGGUGGAGAAACAUGCCCAGUUUAAAGAUGACGUCUAUGUGCCCUACGCUCAGUGGCUGGCUGAGAACGACCGCUUUGAGGAGGCACAGAAAGGUGAGGAUGAACAAAGAGUAGAGAGAGAACGCUCAUCCCAAUAUGUUAUAGGAGCUCGAUGUUUGAUGUUCCCACAUUUUGUAGUAAAUUUGCCAAAUACAUGUCGGCUGAAACAUCUUAUCACUAGUUUCUAUAAAAAUCCCACUUUUAGUGCACCUAACAUUAAGCAGACAUAUCUGGAAUCAGAACUAUAUCAAUGUAUUAUAGAAAACCACAGAGGGCUAUAAGGGCAAUGUCAGUUCGUAACAUAUGGAAACCACAUCAAGUUUGGCCCAUGUUGUUACAUCCAAGCGUUUUUCAGUACUCCCUCUGCAGUGCUGCUCUUUCUAUUCACUGUAAAACAUGAUCCUCAGUUAGAGACAGAGCAAGUCCUGACUGUUAACAGUGUUACACGCCAUGCAUGGUUCCAAUCAGCACUAUAACAAGCAACUCUUAAUGAUGAUUACCCAUGUGAGCAGAAUAACUGUAAUCACCACAUGGAUUUACACUGAGUGUACAAAAUAUUAGGAACACCUGCUCUUUCCAUAUACAAAAUAUUAGGAACACCUGCUCUUUCCAUGACAGGUGAAUCCAGGUUUAAGCUAGGAUCCCUUAUUGAUGUCACCUGUUAAAUCCACUGGAUUGUGUAUGUGUGCCAUUCAGAGGGUGAAUGGGCAAGACAAAAAACGGGGUAUGGUAGUAGGUGCCAGGCGCACCGGUUUGAGCGUGUCAAGAACUGCAACGCUGCUGGGUUUUUCAUGCUCAACAGUUUCCUGUGUGUUUCAAGAAUGGUCCUUUUUGAUGGAGAAAAAAACCUGAGUACUGUAUCCAAUCCAUCCUGCAUAAUAUCCUUAUUUGUGUCUUGCUGUGUGUGGAGUAUAGAGUUGAACAGGCUUGGUUGUGUUUCAGUCUGGCAGUAAUCUGGUGUUGUGCUGACUGUAUUGUGUUUUAGUGGGGCAGUAAUGCUGUAUUGUGCUACCACCACAGUGAUUGUAAUUGACUUUAGGCCCCUGUAGCGUUGUACCCCGGUGGUUCCUCACCUGGCAAGGCUGACUGGUCACUGACUGUAACUCCUCGCAAAUGCAACAUGUGUUGUAACCGUAACUGAGCUACAUCACGGAGUUACAGUGGCUCGCGAAAGUAUUCACCCCCCUUGGCAUUUUUCCUAUUUUGUUGCCUUACAACCUGGAAUUAAAAUUGAUUUUUGGGGGGUUUGUAUCAUUUGAUUUACACAACAUGCCUACCACUUUGAAGAUGCAAAAUAUUUUUUGGGGUGAAACAAACAAGAAAUAAGACAAAAAAACAGAACUUGAGCGUGCAUAACUAUUCACCCCCCCAAAGUCAAUACUUUGUAGAGCCACCUUUUGCAGCAAUUACAGCUGCAAGUCCCUUGGGGUAUGCCUCUAUAAGCUUGGCACAUCUAGCCACUGGAAGUUUUGCCCAUUCUUCAAGUUGGAUGGGUUCCGCUGGUGUACAGCAAUCUUUAAGUCAUACCUCAGAUUCUCAAUUGGAUUGAGGUCUGGGCUUUGACUAGGCCAUUCCAAGACAUUUAAAUGUUUCCCCUUAAACCACUUGAGUGUUGCUUUAGCAGUAUGCUUAGGGUCAUUGUCCUGCUGGAAGGUGAACCUCUGUCCCAGUCUCAAAUCUCUGGAACACUGAAACAGGUUUCCCUCAAGAAUUUCCCUGUAUUUAGCGUCAUCCAUCAUUCCUUCAAUUCUGACCAGUUUCCCCAGUCCCUGCCGAUGAAAAACAUCCCCACAGCAUGAUGCUGCCACCAGGAUGGUGUUCUCGGGGUGAUGAGAGGUGUUGGGUUUGCGCCAGACGUAGCGUUUUCCUUGAUGGCCAAAAAACUAUAUUUUAGUCUCAUCUGACCAGAGUACCUUCUUCCAUAUGUUCCGUAAAGCCCAGCUCUGUGGAGUGUACGGCUUAAAGUGGUCCUAUGGACAGAUACUCCAAUCUCCGCUGUGGAGCUUUGCAGCUCCUUCAGGGUUAUCUUUGAUCUCUUUGUUGCCUCUCUGAUUAAUGCCCUCCUUGCCUGGUCUGUGAGUUUUGGUGGGCGGCCCUCUCUUGGCAGGUUUGUUGUGGUGCCAUAUUCUUUCAAUUUUUAAAUAAUGGAUUUAAUGGUGCUCCGUGGGAUGUUCAAAGUUUCAGAUAUUUUCUUAUAACCCAACCCUGAUCUGUACUUCUCCACAACUUUGUCCCUGACUGAUAGAUUAAUUAUUAAUGACUAAUUAUUACACCCUGAAACUGUGUGAAAUGUGUUAGAAAUGUGUGAGUGUAGGACCAGUAAAGACUAUGGCAUUGAGCUACUAUUUAGCAAUGUGAGUAAGAGUUAGACCAGACAACAAAGGAGAACUGUCUAAACCAAGAUAAAGGGGCCUCCCAAUUUAGGGAGGAUGUUUGUAUGACGUAUGAGUAUAAAAGAUGGACUCUGAAAUUGUGAUGGCAGAAUUCUCAAUGAAUAAAUCUCUGACUAUGCAGACCUGGACUCUGUCCGUUACUUAAAUCCCAAAAGACUUACAACCUUUUGGGAGAUGCACAGAGACACUGAAAUAGUUUGUUAAAUAAUUCACGUAACACUGACCUGUUUGGAGAGCUCCUUGGUCUUCAUGAUGCCGCUUGCUUGGUGGUGCCCCUUGCUUAGUGGUGUUGCAGACUCUGGGGCCUUUCAGAACAGGUGUGUGUGUGUGUGUGUGUGUGUGUAUAUAUAUAUAUAUAUAUAUAUAUAUAUAUAUAUAUAUACAUACAGUGGAGAGAACAAGUAUUUGAUACACUGCCGAUUUUGCAGGUUUUCCUACCUACAAAGCAUGUAGAGGUCUGUAAUUUUUAUCAUAGGUACACUUCAACUGUGAGAGACGGAAUCUAAAACAAAAAUCCAGAAAAUCACAUUGUAUGAUUUUUAAGUAAUUAAUUUGCAUUUUAUUGCAUGACAUAAGUAUUUGAUACAUCAGAAAAGCAGAACUUAAUAUUUGGUACAGAAACCUUUGUUUGCAAUUACAGAGAUCAUACGUUUCCUGUAGGUCUUGACCAGGUUUGCACACACUGCAGCAGGGAUUUUGGCCCACUCCUCCAUACAGACCUUCUCCAGAUCCUUCAGGUUUUGGGGCUGUCGCUGGGCAAUACAGACUUUCAGCUCCCCUCCAAAUAUUUUCUAUUGGGUUCAGGUCUGGAGACUGGCUAGGCCACUCCAGGACCUUGAGAUGCUUCUUACGGAGCCACUCCUUAGUUGCCCUGGCUGUGUGUUUCGGGUUGUUGUCAUGCUGGAAGACCCAGCCACGACCCAUCUUCAAUGCUCUUACUGAGGGAAGGAGGUUGUUGGCCAAGAUCUCGCGAUACAUGGCCCCAUCCAUCCUCCCCUCAAUACGGUGCAGUCGUCCUGUCCCCUUUGCAGAAAAGCAUCCCCAAAGAAUGAUGUUUCCACCUCCAUUCUUCACGGUUGGGAUGGUGUUCUUGGAGUUGUACUCAUCCUUCUUCUCCCUCCAAACACGGCGAGUGGAGUUUAGACCAAAAAGCUCUAUUUUUGUUUCAUCAGACCACAUGACCAUCUCCCAUUCCUCCUCUGGAUCAUCCAGAUGGUCAUUGGCAAACUUCAGACGGGCCUGGACAUGCGCUGGCUUGAGCAGGGGGACCUUGCGUGCACUGCAGGAUUUUAAUCCAUGACGGCGUAGUGUGUUACUAAUGGUUUUCUUUGAGACUGUGGUCCCAGCUCUCUUCAGGUCAUUGACCAGGUCCUGCUGUGUAGUUCUGGGCUGAUCCUUCACCUUCCUCAUGAUCAUUGAUGCCCCACGAGGUGAGAUCUUGCAUGGAGCCCCAGACCGAGGGUGAUUGACCGUCAUCUUGAACUUCUUCCAUUUUCUAAUAAUUGCGCCAACAGUUGUUGCCUUCUCACCAAGCUGCUUGCCUAUUGUCCUGUAGCCCAUCCCAGCCUUGUGCAGGUCUACAAUUUUAUCCCUGAUGUCCUUACAUAGCUCUCUGGUCUUGGCUAUUGUGGAGAGGUUGGAGUCUGUUUGAUUGAGUGUGUGGACAGGUGUCUUUUAUACAGGUAACGAGUUCAAACAGGUGCAGUUAAUACAGGUAAUGAGUGGAGAACAGGAGGGCUUCUUAAAGAAAAACUAACAGAUCUGUGAGAGCCGGAAUUCUUACUGGUUGGUAAGUGAUCAAAUACUUAUGUCAUGCAAUAAAAUGCAAAUUAAUUACUUAAAAAUCAUACAAUGUGAUUUUCUGGAUUUUUGUUUUAGAUUCCGUCUCUCACAGUUGAAGUGUACCUAUGAUAAAAAUUACAGACCUCUACAUGCUUUGUAAGUAGGAAAACCUGCAAAAUCGGCAGUGUAUCAAAUACUUGUUCUCCCCACUGUAUAUAUAUACUGAGAUCAUGUGACAGAUCAUGUGACACUUAGAUUGCACACAGGUGGACUUUAUUUAACUAAUUAUGUGACUUCUGAAGGUAAUACAUAUGCACGUACCACUUUUCCAUUAUUUAUUUUUUAGAAUUUCUGGAAAUAAGUUUUUUUUCUCCAUUUCACUUCACCAAUUUGGACUAUUUUGUGUAUGUCCAUUACAUUACAUCCAAAUAAAAAUCCAUUUAAAUUACAGGUUGUAAUGCAACAAAAUAGGAAAAACACCAAGGGGGAUGAAUACUUUUGCAAGGCACUGUAUGUGGGCCCAGACCACAGCUCAUGUUAAUCAUCUUUAGCAUAGAGUGUGUUUGGGGGAGUGUAUGUGGUUUGUGUUGUGUGUGUGUGUGUCUAGCUGUAUGUGUGUGUCCUUACACUAACCAGCAGCACUUGACUGCGUUUUAUCUGCCUGGCUGCACUGAUAAAUAUUCACCACUAAUAUGUCCUGACGCCCUGUACAAGCAGGAUAGACAGGGCUGCCUCCCUGGAGCUGUCUUUAAUUAGCGAGAGAUAGCAACAUGAAGAAUAGGACAGAUGGGCAAUUAAAUUAAAGGGAUACUUUGGGAUUUUGGCAAUGAGGCCCUUUAUCUAUUUCCCCAGAGUCAGAUGAACUCGUGGAUACCAUUUUAUGUCUCUGUGUCCAGUAUGAAGGAAGUUAGAGGUGGGUUCGUGAGCCAAUGCUAACUAGCAUUAGCACAAUGACUGGAAGUCUAUGGGUAUCUGCUAGCACAUAAAAUGGUAUCCACGAGUUCAUCUGACUCUGGGGAAGUAGAUAAAGGGCCUCAUUGCCAAAAUCCCGAAGUAUCCCUUUAAAAUGUAUGUAAAUAAAACAUUAAUUUCAAAGCUUAACAACCCAUACAACUCUAUGCGCAAGGACUACUUUUAACAAUUUACACUGAACAUUUUAUAAUAAUGCAAAGUUUGAUAAAAUAAUUUCUGUAAAAUCUCCCUCAGUUUUUUAUUUGACCUCGUUUUCCCAAAACUCUGUUAAAUAUCUGCUCCGAAUUAAGAUUCAAAGAUGUCUGCAGAAAGAAUGGGGUGUCAGCUAUGACAUGACACCAUGAGUUGAAUAAAAAUCUAUUUUGGUUAUUGUAAGUGAAGUGGAUUUACACCCAGUAACAGAAUUUCAUAAUUUGAAUGUCAUUCUCUUCAUGGUGAUGUAUCCUAAAUAGGUACAUAAAGGUAGAAAUAUGCAAUAUCCUCCUUUGCAUAUUUGGGUAUUAUUCUACACACUGGCUAUUAUUUUAAUGAGCUCUGCCACCAAACAAGACCACAUUUUGUUGGGUUGGACCGGACCAAAUCUGAGCCAAUCAUAGACGUCUAUGUUUAACAAGUUUGGACAUCAAAGUACAGCACAGUAGAGUACAGUAGAGUACAAUACAGCACAGAACAGUAGAUUACAAUAUAGUCAAGUAUAGUUCAGUACAGUAAAGUAGAGUAUAGUUCAGUGCAGUACAUUAUAGUGUAUUCAACUCUUUAGUGUGUUCUACUGUGUACUGUACUAAGCUCUACUGUACUUUUCUUUACUGUACUCUACUGUGCCUUACUGUACUGUACUGUGUUGUCCAAACCUGUGAAACAUAGACGUCUAUGAUUGGUUCAGAUUUGGUCCAAAAAACUACAUCUGAGCACGUCCGGUGUCGGCCGGUGCUCAAUGGGUGAGGAUGCUGGUUACAGUAAAUAGAAAGAGAGGGGGCUCAUGGGUAGGUUUACGUGCGCACCGUAUUCCGGAAAAUAGCUCAUAUCCCGGUUUAUGUCUUAUUUAGGAUAAGCUGUUUGCAUUCACCUUUUGAUAUCCAGCAAAAUUAAUAGGAAAUGUAGUCAUUGACAAGGUUAGAAAUAAUGAUUUUUAAUUGAAAUAAUAAUUGUGUCCUUCAAACUGCUUUCGUCAAAGAAUCUUCCAUUUGCAGCAAUUACAGCCUUGCAGACCUUUGGCAUUCUAGUUGUCAAUUUGUUGAGGUAAUCUGAAGAGAUUUCACCCCAUGCUUCCUGAAGGACCUCCCACAAGUUGGAUUGACUUGUCAAGCUGCUCCCACAACAGCUCAAUAGGGUUGAGAUCCGGUGACUGUGCUGGCCACUCCAUUAUAGACAGAAUACCAGCUGACUGCUUCUUCCCUAAAUAGUUAUUGCAUAGUUUGGAGCUGUGCUUUGGAUCAUUGUCCUGUUGUAGGAGGAAAUUGGCUCCAAUCAAGCGCCGUCCACAGGGUAUGGCAUGGCGUUGCAAAAUGGAGUGAUAGCCUUCCUUCUUCAAGAUCCCUUUUACCCUGUACAAAUCUCCCACUUAACCACCACCAAAGCACCCCCAGACCAUCACAUUGCCUCCACCAUGCUUGACAGAUGGAAUCAAGCACUCCUCCAGCAUCUUUUCAUUUGGUCUGCGUCUCACAAAUGUUCUUCUUUGUGAUCCGAACACCUCAAACUUCGAUUUGUCUGUCCAUAACACUUUUUUCCAAUCUUCCUCUGUCCAGUGUCUGUGUUCUUUUGCCCAUCUUAAUCUUUUAUUUUUAUUGGCCAGUCAGAGAUAUGGCUUUUUCUUUGCAACUCUGCCUAGAAGGUCAGCAUCCCGGAGUCACCUCUUCACUGUUGACGUUGAGACUGGUGUUUUGCGGGGACUAUUUAAUGAAGCUGCCAGUUGAGGACCUGUGAGGCGUCUGUUUCGCAAACUAGACACUCUAAUAUAUUUGUCCUCUUGCUCUGUUGUGCACCGGGGCCUCCCACUCCUCUUUCUAUUCUGGUUAGAGACAGUUUGCGCUGUUCUGUGAAGGGAGUAGUACACAGCGUUGUACGAGAUCUUCAGUUUCUUGGCAAUUUCUCGCAUGGAAUAGCCAUCAUUUCUCAGAACAAGAAUUGACUGACGAGUUUCAGAAGAAAGUUAUUUGUUUCUGGCCAUUUUGAGCCUGUAAUCGAAUCCAUAAUUGCUGAUGCUCCAGAUACUCAACUAGUCUCAAGAAGGCCAGUUUUAUUGCUUCUUUAAUCAGCACAACAGUUUUCAGCUGUGCUAACAUGAUUGCGAAAUGGUUUUCUAAUGAUCAAUUAGCCUUUUAAAAUGAUAAACUUGGAUUAGCAAACACAACGUGCCAUUGGAACACAGGACUGAUGGUUGCUGAUAAUGGGCCUCUGUACGCCUAUGUAGAUAUUCCAUAAAAAAUCAGGUGUUUCCAGCUACAAUAGCCAUUUACAACAUUAACAAUGUCUACACUGUAUUUCUGAUCAAUUUGAUGUUAUUUUAAUGGACAAAAAAAUUGCUUUUCUUUCAAAAUCAAGGACAUUUCUAAGUGACCCCAAACUUUUGAAUGGUAGUGUAAUUCUGCAGGAGUUAAUAUUAUAAAAGCCUAUAGUACAUGUGAGGCCUACAGUCAGUAUCCAGACUUGACUUCAGUUACUAUUCCAGCUAUUACUGUUCCCAUCUGAACUUCAAAGGUGAUACUAUACAAAACUGUGCCUGCGCAGACUGCAAAAACAACAGUAAACGGAAUAAGAUGUUUACAUGCCACAGUAUCCCAUCUAAGAGUCGCAUAUCCCAGGCAUCUUAUUCAGGUUUUUCAAAACCGGGAUAGGACCUGAUUCGGGUUCUUGUAAACGGGAUAUUAUGUUUAUAUGCGUCAACUCAAAAACAGAAUACUUGAGUAUCCUGGAUAAUAAUGGGAUAUUGGUGUGCAUGUAAAUGUGGUCAGUAAAAGCCGGGAGAGGUGACAUUUAAUUGAAGAGUGAGGUAGAGGUUGUCCAGACUUUUAGCUGUGACCACCAGAUGACAGAAAGAGAAAGAAAACAGUUAUGAGCUGAACAUAACAGUAUGUCAGUGGAAGGGAGGACAGUAGCAGGUGACCCAACUGGUUUGUGACGACUAUAAUUUCCCAUUGUAGCCAAUUCAAUUGCAGAAAUUCCGUUACCAAUUUAUAUUUUUUUCUCUCUUACCGAUUUCGUAAAAGAAUUUCAAGUUUUAAUCACUUAAUAAUUCAUAAACAAAAUUGAUAUCAGUAACAACACUAACUAAUUGGUAGGUGUACCUUUACUUGUUACUUCUGUGAACUUUCAUUAUCUUUAAGUGGGGUAACAAGGCAAUGUUUCUUAAACUUACAGAAGGUGAAAAAAAGUGUUGAUAUUAGUUAGCAGGUGUCUUUACUUCAACAUUAUUGUGUUUUGAUUUAUUUCUAAUACCUUUUAAGAUGUUUUCUGGUAGAUGUUUUAUUAGACCCCUUUUCCAUCUGUUUGACAAGAAAUCAAAGCCUUUGCUAAUUACACAUUUUUUGGGUGGAAAAUGGUUAAAACGUUUAUAUAUGCCUUCAUUUCUCAAAAAUAGACUCGUAAUUUUCAUUUGACACCCAAUUUGGCAUGCUCCUAUGAACGUCACAUGUUGGUGCUCAUGGGUCCUUUUACAUGGAAAUGACCACAUGUUUAUUGGUGCUGUGCUUUCUAAGUGCCAUGCUGUUUGACAUUUGGGAGUGGGUUCGUUUUAGAAGAUAUCUGUUUGUGGUUACUAGUGAAAAAUGAGGAAAACAUUGUCUCGUAUGCGUUAAGUACAAAUUGCCCCUGGCGUGUAGUGUGUGUGUGUGUGUGUGUGUGUGUGUGUGUGUGUGUGUGUGUGUGUGUGUGUGUGUGUGUGUGUGUGUGUGUGUGUGUGUGUGUGUGUGUGUGUGUGUGUGUGUGUGUGUGUGUGUGUGUGUGUGUGUGUGUGUGUGUGUGUGUGUGUGUGUGUGUGUGUGUGUGUGUGUGUGUGUGUGUGUGUGUGUGUGUGUGUGUGUGUGUGUGUGAGAUAUUGUUAAACUCUGGCAGCCUGAGAAUGAAAAGGGUGUAAUGGGAAAGGGGUCAGCUCCUAUAAGGCUGAAACUCCGGGAGAUUUCUUAGACAUGCUUAUCUCUGUCGAUGCAAUCGAAGCAGUGUUAAGUGCCGCUCUAGCUUGCUGUUCCCCCUCCAUUGCUACAAUGAAGUCUCUUCCCUCCCUUCUCUCCUCCCCUCACAGCGUUCCACAAGGCGGGCCGACAGAGUGAGGCUGUGAAGGUGUUGGAACAGCUUACCCACAAUGCCGUGGUGGAGAGCAGGUUCAAUGACGCAGCAUAUUAUUACUGGAUGCUCUCUAUGCAGUGUCUGGACAUCGCUAGGGGUAAGGGAGUCUACCGACACCAAUAUACCUCUUACUACUAUCACUACUGAAUGUGUACUGUUACUGAUACAUUUUUAUUUUGGUGCGUGUAUGCGCGUGUGUGUAUGCGUGUAUGUGUGUGGGGGGGUGCGUGUAUGUGUGUGGGGGGGUGCGUGUGUGUGGGGGGGGGGGGGGGUGCGUGUAUGUGUGUGGGGGGGUGCGUGUAUGUGUGUGGGGGGGUGCGUGUAUGUGUGUGGGGGGGUGCGUGUGUGUGUGUGGGGGGGUGCGUGUGUGUGUGUGGGGGGGUGCGUGUGUGUGUGUGUAACAGAAAACGAGGAGAGGAAGGAGGAGAUGCUGAAGAAGUUCAAGCGUUUCCAGCACCUGGCUGAGCUCUACCAUGUUUACCACUCAAUACAGCGUUACACAGUAAGAUGCUCACCACAGCUGAAGGUAGGGACAGAGUAGAGCCAAGUAAGUAUAGUUAAGACUAAGUUAAGGUUGAGUUCAGAAAAGUAAAGGAGUUAAGAAUAGGCAGGGUUGAGAGAGUUGAGAAAGGUAGACUGCAAAAAAUCCCUUCAGUCCCUUAGUUUAAAUAUGAAAUGCUUCUGGAAUCUGUUCAAAUUCAGCUAGAUACUGCUACAAAGCAUAACUACAUUAGAUAUACAGAGCAAAGCUAUCAAUUAGAGAACUUUCCUGCAGAUUCUGUCAACAACAUCCCAACUGACCAUAGCUACAACCCUACUCAUGUUAACUACCACGGUCAACUCUCUGAACCCACUAUGACCUCUGUUUCUAUAGUAACCAGUUAAUUGGUUGAUCAUUAAUCAUGAUAACCCCUCCCACCAGCAGCCCCCCGCCCCCCCUUGCCAGUGCCUGGUUAUAAACAAGCUAUGCCUGGUUAUAAGCACUCUGUCUCUUUAGGCUGGUAUGCUGUGGCAGCAGUACCCCUGGCCUUUGUCUGUGUGCUUUGUUUGUUUUUACAGUACUGGUCACACCCCUGAAGUGAGGAAUCCCUGUGAUUGAGUCCAGAGCAGGAACCUUAUAUACCUCACUUUAACUCUCUCAGGCACCGGGCUGUGCUGAGCCAUCAAACACUGUGGGAGCUAGCUGGUGCUGUAGUCUAAUGACCACUCCCUGCCUCUGAACCUAGCCCCAGUGAGAGCAGUGCUCUGUGCUGCAAAGGGAGUCUGUGGCACAGCUCAGGCUAUCCUUCAUCUUCAGACUAGUGUUUAAGGCAGGAGAGAGAAGAAGAGAGAGAAGAAGAGAGGAGAAGAGAGGGAGGGACAGACACAGGAUCAUUGUGCCUCUGAGACUCUUACAGAGGUGCCCAAAGCUGUGUGUAUCUGAUUGAUGUUAUGUGCCCUCUUUCUCGGCCUCCCCUCUUCCCCCUUCCUGCUACCUUUCCCUCCUCUCUCUCUUUUUCUCUUUCUCCAGGAUGAACCCUUUAGCUCCCAUAUGCCUGAGACGCUCUUUAACAUCUCCAGGUACCUCCUGCACAACCUCACCAAGGACGUACCACUGGGCAUCUCCAAAGUGUAUCCUUCCAAUGUUAAAAGUAAUCCUACAGUUUGUAGGACUUGUGAUAAAGGUCUGAAGCAGUAUGCUCAAAUCCAUGUGUCCAAUGUCACCUUACAGUUGAAGUCGGAAGUUUACAUACACCUUAGCCAAAUACAUUUGAACUCAGUUUUUCACAAUUCCUGACAUUUAAUCCUAGUAAAAAUUCCCUGUCUUAGGUCAGUUAGGAUCACCACUUUAUUUUAAGAAUGUGAAAUGUCAGAAUAACAGUAGAGAGAAUGAUUUAUUUCAGAUUUUAUUUAUUUCAUCACAUUCCCAGUGGGUCAGAAGUUUACAUACACUCAAUUAGUAUUUGGUAGCAUUGCCUUUGACCCAAGUUAAACAAUUUAAACGUUUCGGGUAGCCUUCCACAAGCUUCCCACAAUAAGUUGGGUGAAUUUUGGCCCAUUCCUCCUGACAGAGCUGGUGUAACUGAGUCAGGUUUGUAGGCCUCCUUGCUCGCACACGCUUUUUCAGUUCUCCCCACACAUUUUCUAUAGGAUUGAGGUCAGGGCUUUGUGAUGGCCACUCCAAUACCUUGACUUUGUUGUCCUUAAGCCAUUUUACCACAACUUUGGAAGUGUGCUUGGGUUCAUUGUCCAUUUGUAAAACCCAUUUGCGACCAAGCUUUAACUUCCUGACUGAUGUCUUGAGAUGUUGCUUCAAUAUAUCCACAUAAUUUUCCUUCCUCAUGAUGCCAUCUAUUUUUGUGAAGUGCACCAGUCCCUCCUGCAGCAAAGCACCCCCACAGCAUGAUGCUGCCACCCCCGUGCUUCACGGUUGGAAUGGUUUCAGGUUACGUUCGAUAUAGGACUCGUUUUACUGUGGAUAUAGAUACUUUUGUACCUGUUUCCUCCAGCAUCUUCACAAGGUCCUUUGCUGUUGUUCUGGGAUUGAUUUGCACUUUUCGCACCAAAGUACGUUCAUCUCUAGGAGACAGAACGCGUCUCCUUCCUGAGCGGUAUGACGGCUGCGUUUAUUUUUUUUGAGGUCUUGGCUGAUUUCUUUUGAUUUUCCCAUGAUGUCAAGCAAAGAGGCACUGAGUUUGAAGGUAGGCCUUGAAAUACAUCCACAGGUACACCUCCAAUUGACUCAAAUGAUAUCAAUUAGCCUAUCAGAAGCUUCUAAAGCCAUGACAUCAUUUUCUGGAAUUUUCCAAGCUGUUUAAAGGCACAGUCAACUUAGUGUAUGUACACUUCUGACCCACUGGAAUUGUGAUACAGUGAAUUAUAAGUGACAUAAUCUGUCUGUAAACAAUUGUUGGAAAAAUUACUUGUGUCAUGCACAAAGUAGAUGUCCUAACCGACUUGCCAAAGCUAUAGUUUGUUAACAAGAAAUGUGUGGAGUGGUUGAAAAACAAGUUUUAAUGACUCCAACCUAAGUGUAUGUAAACUUUCAACUGUAAAUGUUCAUAGAGUUCACAGGCUGAUUACCUGGUGAGGUAGAGAGAACGUUAAGUAAAAAGAGAAGAAGAAGAGAGAGAAAGUUGGUGCCAGGGAACAAACAGGGUAGAGGAAACAGACCAGCACGGCCACGUGAAGGAGAAGGGAGAUGGGCAGGAAGAGAAGAGAAGAGAAGACGCCAGGAAGAGGCACAUCUUCAUUAACCAAAACAAACCCACUGAUUACCACACACAUACACACACACACACACACACACAGAAAGGGGUAGGAGCAUGGGGAAGGAAAUCCCAGGCUUCCAGAAGGAAAUAGGGCUCUGCAGCUGGAAUCCUCUCCUCUCCGGCCACACGGUGCCGCUCGGAAAACUUUGAACCAGGAUUUAUGGUCUUAGCUGGCUCUGGUCUGAAUAAUACGGCACAAUGUCACGGAAAGCACCACAUACAACACAUAAAACAGUAGAUGAGUUUUUAACAAUCCCUAUACUGGGACUGGAGAAGAGGAGAUGAGAGCUGUUGGAGCUAGUGGAGGAAUCCCAGUUACAGGGCUUCUGCAGCUGCAAGUCAUUGACCUGGUGUUGCCUUUCUCCGAGGGCUCCUCAGUGCACAACAAUCUCAAUCCAUACAAAUACAAACAGGGAGCAAUUUCCUCUGCUCAAACACACACACCCAAGGAUGAAUACACAAACACUUACACACAAGUAUACAUUCCUCUAAUUUUUAAACAAAAAGCCAAGGUAGUUAUUUUAGAGAGGAUCCGUGCACCCAUCACAGAGCCAAACAGAGAGAAUGGCACUUGUGGUUGCUGGCAGUGGCUAUGUUUAGCAUACAUACACAGCUCUGAUGAGUGUGUGUACUGUCAAUUGUGUGCCCAGUCCUGUCUCCGAUCUAGAGUUCCUGUUCUGGAGUUGGAAGAAGUUUCCAUUAGGCACUAAGUUCAGUUUGGCAUUUCCUACCCUAAUACACUAUACACUACCAGUCAAAAGUUUGGACACACCUACAAGGGUUUUUCUUUAUUUGUACUAUUUUCUACAUUGUAGAAUAAUAGUGAAUACAUCAAAACUAUGAAAUAACACAUAUGGAAUCGUGUAGUAACCAAAAAAGUGUUAAACAAAUCAAAAUAUAUUUUAUAUUUGAGAUUCUUCAAAUAGCCACCCUUUGCCUUGAUGACAGCUUUGCACACUCUUGACAUUGUCUCAACCAGCUUCACCUGGAAUGCUUUUCCAACAGUCUUGAAGGAGUUCCCCAUGUUGCAACACUCACUACCGAGUUCCAAACUGCCUCUGGAAGGAAUGUCAGCACAGUAACUGUUAGUCGGGAGCUUCAUGAAGUGGGUUUCCAUGGCCGAGCAGCUGCACACAAGCCUAAGAUCACCAUGUGCAAUGCCAAGCGUCGGUUGGAGUGGUGUAAAGCUCGCCGCCAAUGGACUCUGGAGCAGUGGAAACGCGUUCUCUGGAGUAAUGAAUCACUCUUCACCAACUGGCAGUCCGAUGGACAAAUCUGGAUUUGGCGGAUGCCAGGAGAACUCUACCUGCCCGAAUGCAUAGUGCCAACUGUAAAGUUUGGUGGAGGAGGAAUAAUGGUCUGGGGCUGUUUUUCAAGGUUCGGGCUAGGCCCCUUAGUUCCAGUGAAGGGAAAUCUUAACGCUACAGCAUAGAAUUACAUUCUAGACGAUUCUGAGCUUCCAACUUUGUGGCAACAGUUUGGAGAAGGCCCUGUCCUGUUUCAGCAUGACAAUGCCCCCAUGCACAAAGCGAGGUCCAUACAGAAAUAUUUUGUCGAGAUCGGUGUGGAAGAACUUGACUGGCCUGCACAGAGCCCUGACCUCAACCCCAUCAAACUCCUGUGGGUUGAAUUGGAACGCCGACUGCGAGCCAGGCCUAAUCGCCAAACAUCAUUGCCCGACCUCACUAAUGCUCUUGUGGCUGAAUGGAAGCAAGUUCCCUCAGGAAUGUUCCAACAUCUAAUGGAAAGCCUUCCCAGAAGAGUGGAGGCUGUUAUAGCAGCAGAGGGGGGACCAACUCCAUAUUAAUGCCCAUGAUUUUGGAAUAAGAUGUUCGACGAGCAGGUGUCCACAUACUUUUGAUCAUGUAGUGUAGUUUGAAGGGGUAAGCUGACCCAAGAUCUGUUGCUAAGGGCAAUGUCUACUUGUAGCACCUUGUUGCCCUUGACGAUGGGUCUCAGGAACACUCUUUAUGCGUUGGCCAAGCAGAGCAGAACCCUGGGAGCGUUUAAACUAGCCAGACAUGCCUAUGAGAAGCUCCAGGACCUCCACGUUCCCUCUCGCUUCCAGGAGUCCAUGGACCUGGGCAGCCUUACCGUCCGCUCCAAACCAUACCAUGACAAUGAGGUGUGUAUGUGUUUGCAUGUAUACAUGUGUGUCUGUGUAUAUUAACUUUCUAGUGGAGCUUGUAUCUUAUACAUUUUUACAUUUUAGUCAUUUAGCAGACGCUCUUAUCCAGAGCGACUUACAGUUAGUGAGUGCAUACAUUUUUAUUUAAUUUUUUAUACGUUUGUGUAUUUUCACAAAUGUGUGUAACCCAGGACCUGAUCCCCAUGUGUUACCGCUGCUCCACCAACAACCCCCUGCUGAGCAGCCAGGGCAGUGUGUGUAUCAACUGCAAACAGCCCUUCAUCUAUUCAGCAUCUUCAUACGGUAGGUUGACACCUGUCUCUUUGUAAAUGGAUGUUUGGUUCCGAGGUGUGUUAUUAAUAAUGUAUCUCUGUACUGUAGAGGUCCUUCCUCUGGUGCAGUUCUACCUGGACGAGGGUAUCGGUGAUGAGGAGGCUGUGUCUCUUAUUGACCUGGAGGUCCCUUGCAUCGACAGGAAGGCUGCUCGCUGGCAGGAGAUGAGCAGUGGUGGUAUCCUUUACCUGAUGCAGUGUACACCACUAAAAUGUACACAUUUCUCAUGACCAUUUUACCUAAUGUAAAUAGUCUGUAUGUUAAGGUUGUGUGCUCGUCUCCAUACAUACACACAUUACAUACAGUAUGUGUCCUUAUCAGUGCUUCACCCUGAUUCUGAUUCUGCCAUGCACCUUAAGCUCAGGCUUAAGUCAUCUUAGAGUUAAUAGGGUUAGAGUGGCUCUUCUCUCUUGUCAGAAUGACACUAACACCUCAGAGACCUCUCUGUCUGGAAGUAACCUGCAUUAGCUGACAGCCAGUGUUGGGGAGUAGUGAACUACAUGUUAUUCACCUAGUAAUUUAACUACAUAUUGCAGUAGCUUUGUGGUAGUGUUUUCAGUAGUUAAUUACUGUUUUUGCCAUGCAAUGGUGUAGCUAACUACUGGAAUUACACACUACCUUUUUUGUGAAAAUAAAAUAUGGGUGAAAUAGGCAACAAUUUCCUUUAUUCUUUGGCAUCAGACCUGCCUAAUUCUCACUUGAAACAUAGUUUUUGUGUUUAAUAGGCUAAAUUACACAUUAUGUUAACAUCUGACUGCAGAGUGAUCUGUUUAGAUAUAAUAAUUUAUCACAAAGUAGUUUGGAUGUAGUGAACUACUUUUUUAAAGUAACUUGCUCUCUUUACAUUUACAUUACAUUUACGUCAUUUAGCAGAUGCUCUUAUCCAGAGCGACUUACAAAUUGACAUAUGAAUUACAGUAUCUUUGUUUUUCCCGAUGUUGCAUAAAGUGACUGCAUGAGUCUGGGAUACAGUGCAUUCGGAAAAUAUUCAGACCCCUUCCCCUUUUCCACAUUUUGUUACGCUACACGCUUAUUCUAAAAUGGGUUAAAUAUUUUGUUUCUUUCAUCAAUCUACACACAAUACCCCAUAAUGACAAAGCGAAAACACGUUUUUCGAAAUUGUAGCAAAUUUAUAAAAUUCUGACCCUUUGCAAUGAGCUCAGAUGCAUUCUGUUUCCAUUGAUCAUCCUUGAGAUGUUUCUACAACUUGAUUGGAGUCCACCUGUGGUAAAUUCAAUUGAUUGGACAUGAUUUGGAAAGGCACACACCUGUCUAUAUAAGGCCCCAAAGUUGACAGUGCAUGUUAGAGCGGAAACCAAGCCAUGAGGUCGAAGGAAUUGUCCGUAGAGCUCCGAGACAGGAUUUUGUCGAGGCACAGAUCUGGGGAAGGGUACCAAAAUAUUUCUGCAGCAUUGAAGGUCCCCAAGAACACAGUGUCCUCCAUCAUUCUUAAAUGGAAGAAGUUUGGAACCACCAAGACUCUUCCUAGAGUUGGCUAUCCGGCCAAACUGAGUAAUCGGGGGAGAAGGGCCUUGGUCAGGGAGGUGACCAAGAACCUGAUGGUCACUCUGACAGAGCUCCAGACUUCCUCUGUGCAGAUGAGAUAACCUUCCAGAAGGACAACCAUCUCUGCAGCACUCCACCAAUCAGGCCUUUAUGGUAGAGUGGCCAGACGGAAGCCACUCCUCAGUAAAAGGCACGACAGUCCGCUUGGAGGCACCUAAAGGACUCUCAGACCAUGAGAAACAAGAUUCUCUUGUCUGAUGAAACCAAGAUUGAACUCUUUGUCCUGAAUGCCAAGCUUCACGUCUGGAGGAAACAUGGCACCAUCCCUACGGUGGAGCAUGUUGGUGGCAGCAUCAUGCUGUGUGGAUGUUUUUCAGCGGCAGGGACUGGGAGACUAGUCAUUAUCGAGGGAAAGAUGAACGGAGAAAAGUACAGAGAGAUCCUUGAUGAAAACCUGCUCCAGAGUGCUCAGGACCUAAGACUGGGACGAAGGUUCACCUUCCAACAGGACAACGACCCUAAGCACACAGCCAAGACAACGCAGGAGUGGUUUCGGGACAAGUCUCUGAAUGUCCUUGAGUGGCCCAGCCAGAGCCCGGACUUGAAACCGAUCGAACAUCUCUGGAGAGACCUGAAAGUAGCUGUGCAGCGAAGCUCCCCAUCCAACCUGGCAGCUUGAGAGGAUCUGCAGAGAAGAAUGAACCCGAUUGUCACUCUGACAGAGCUCCAGAGUUCCUUUGUGGAGAUGGGAAACCUUCCAGAAUGACAACCAUCUCUGCAGCACUCCACCAAUCAGGCCUUUAUGGUUUGAGUGGCCAGACGGAAGCCACUCCUCAGUAAAAGGCACAUGACAGCCCGCUUGGAGAUUCUCUGGUCUGAUGAAACCAAGAUUGAACUCUUUGGCCUGAAUGCCAAGCGUCACGUCUGGAGUAAACCAGGCGCCAUCCCUACGGUGAAGCAUGGUGGUUGCAGCAUCAUGCUGCAGGGAUGUUUUUCAGCGGAAGGGACUGGGAGACUAGUCAGGAUUGAGGAAAAGAUAAACGCAGCAAAGUACAGAGAGAUCCUUGAUGAAAGUCUGCUCCAGAGCACUCAGGACCUCAGACUGGCGCGAAGGUUCACCUUCCAACAGGACAACGACCCUAAGCACACAGCCAAGACAACGCAGGAGUGCUUUCGGGACAAGUCUCUGAAUAUCCUUGAGUGGCCCAGCCAGAGCCUGGACUUGAACUCGAUCGAACAUCUCUGGAAAGACCUGAAAAUAGCUGUGCAGCGAUGCUCCCCAUCCAACCGACAGAGCUUGAGAGGAUCUGCAGAGAAGAAUGCGAGAAACUCUCCAAAUACAGGUGUGCCAAGCUUGUAGUGUCAUACCCAAGAAGACUCAAGACUGUAAUCGCUGCCAAAGGUGCUUCAACAAAGUACUGAGUAAAGGGUCUGAAUACUUAUGUAAAUGUGAUAUUUAAUUUUUUCAUUUUUAAUACAUUUAUAAUACAAAAAUGUCUAAAAACCUGUUAGAAUAAGGCUGUAACGUAACAAAAUGUGGAAAAAGUAAAGGGGUCUGAAUACUUUCCGAAUGUAUAUAGUGAGUGUGUGAGAGGAGAGAACGAUGAGCAGAAGUGAUAGGGUGGGUAUGAAAACAGAAGUGAUAGGGUGGGUAUGAAAACAGAAGGAAUAGGGUGGGUAUGAAAACAGAAGUGAUAGGGUGGGUAUGAAAACAGAAGUGAUGGGGUGGGUAUGAAAACGGAAGUGAUGGGGUGGGUACGAAAGCGGAAGUGAUGGAGUGGGUACGAAAACGGAAGUGAUGGGGUGGGUACGAAAACGGAAGUGAUGGGGUGGGUACGAAAGCGGAAGUGAUGGGGUGGGUACGAAAGCGGAAGUGAUGGGGUGGGUACGAAAGCGGAAGUGAUGGGAUGGGUACGAAAGCGGAAGUGAUGGGGUGGGUACGAAAGCGGAAGUGAUGGGGUGGGUACGAAAGCGGAAGUGAUGGGUUGGGUACGAAAACAGAAGUGAUAGGGUGGGUACGAAAACAGAAGUGAUAGGGUGGGUAUGAAAACAGAAGUGAUAGGGUGGGUAUGAAAACAGAAGUGAUGGGGUGGGUACGAAAGCGGAAGUGAUGGGGUGGGUACGAAAGCGGAAGUGAUGGGGUGGGUACGAAAGCGGAAGUGAUGGGGUGGGUACGAAAGCGGAAGUGAUGGGUUGGGUACGAAAGCGGAAGUGAUGGGGUGGGUACGAAAGCGGAAGUGAUGGGGUGGGUACGAAAGCGGAAGUGAUGGUGUGGGUACGAAAGCGGAAGUGAUGGGGUGGGUACGAAAGCGGAUGUGAUGGGGUGGGUACGAAAGCGGAUGUGAUGGGGUGGGUACGAAAGCGGUAGUGAUGGGAUGGGUACGAAAAUUGAAGUGAUAGGGUGGGUACGAAUAUGGAAGUGAUAGGGUGGGUACGAAAAUGGUGUUGCUGGAAGUGAUAGGGUGGGUACGGAAAUUGAAGUGAUAGGGUGGGUACGAAUAUGGAAGUGAUAGGGUGGGUACGAAAAUUGAAAUGAAAGGGUGGGUACGAAAGCGUAAGUGAUAGGGUGGGUAUGAAAGCGGAAGUGAUAGGGUGGGUAUGAAAACAGAAGUGAUAGGGUGGGUAUGAAAACAGAAGUGAUAGGGUGGGUAUGAAAACAGAAGUGAUAGGGUGGGUAUGAAAGGAAGAGUGUGUGAGAGAGGCAGCUUCCUUAACUGUGUCAGAGUCCCAGUCUCUGAAGCUGGAUGACGGCACAGAAGAUACCGAGGAGGACCCCUUCAUGGCCAAACUCAGCUUUGAGGUGAGGAGAGAAGGAGGGAGGGAGAUGAAACUAAAGGGAGAGUAUAAAUGAAAGGGGUCAGUAUGUGUAUAUUCUAAUAUGUGAAUCUGUGUUUAUCUCCUUAACAGCAGGGGGGCUCUGACUUUGUCCCGGUGGUGGUGAGUCGCUCCGUGCUGAGGUCUAUGAGCAGGAGGGAUGUCCUGAUCAAGCGCUGGCCCAAACCCCUGCAGUGGGAGUACUACCGCUCUUUACUGCCUGAUGUCAGCAUCACCAUGUGCCCUUCCUGCUUCCAGGUACUGAAUAGAUGGAAUACACACACACACAGCAUUGUGCUUCAUGCCCCUCUCACCCAUCUCACACACACACACUCACCCCCAGGUGCUGUACUUGGGAGGUGAAAAAUUAUUCUAAUCAUUAAAACAUUACACAGUACCCUCUCACACACACACCUUGGCACUCCAUAGCCCUCUGGCAUAAUCUCUCUCUUCUAGCCUUUAUGUUUCACUUCUUUUUACUUUCUGCAGUGUUUCCUUUACCAGGAGUCAGAUUCAGAUAAAAUGUUGCUAUUGGCAGUGCUAGAUGUUGUGUUGCUGGCCCCUGCUCCCUUCCUUAGAAAAUCCCUGCUCGGCUCUGCUCUGUGUUCUCUGACCCAUGCUUCCUGUCUUCUCUGGUGGUGUUUCCUCUAGAUGUUCCACAGUGAAGACUAUGAGCUGCUUGUGCUUCAGCACAACUGCUGUCCCUACUGCCGACGGCCCAUCGAUGAACCCAACUGACCUUCCCAAACUGGUCUAGAAUAAAUUCAUCCAUCUCACAGUUCAUUCAUAUCUUCAGUUUCACUCUUGCUCUUUCAGAGCAAUGUUCCGUCCAUACUGUAUGCUCGCAGCCCCCUCAUGUAUGUUAUUUAAGGGACGGGGUUAUGAAGAUCAUUAUAGUCCGCAACAAAAGCGCAUCUUCAGCCGAUCAACCCUAUAGAAUUAACAGGAUCAGAUUAUACAGGGACUGUCACACAGAUUUACGAAUUAACUCUUCUGUCUAGAACAACUUAUUAAAAACACUUAUUUGAAUUCACUGAUAUAUAUUGUUGCUGUUAUGUGAUGUGUUCUUUGACUCUCAAGCAUUCCACAUUAUUAUUUAGGUAAAUAGUCAUGAUGUGAUGUUUUUUUUAGAGUCAAAUGUAUUUUAUUUUUAUAUCAUUAAAGUGAAAG